UCCCUUACUGUGGUAGAAUCCAUCAUGGCGGCUUGAGGUUACAAUUUUGGACGUUGCUAAAUAUCGCUGUGCUUCCCGGCAAAUUGUGGGCGCUUCCCUCAACGUAUGACUCGUAAGAAGAGACGAAGACCUACCAGAGUUGAUUCUCAGUAGUAUUUCCGUACGUAGACAGCUUGCGUCUCGACACCAUGUCUCAGAAUCGCGAAGGACGCCGGGUACCCCUCCCACCUUCUUCUUCCCCGGCUCCCAUGGCGUUCAGACGACUUUUGAGCCUAGUUCUCUCCCAACAGGUGUUGUUUGUGGUUGUGUUGCUGGCAGCCAUAGCGCACGUAGCGGGGGAGAAGAUGCCCUUCGAUACAGAGGAUCACGAACAGGACAAGGCGGUACAAGACAUACAAAAACGAGAAGUAGCCUCCACAGUGGCCCUGUCUAAGGAAGCUGGGAUGAUAAAUGCGGAGGGUGACAGUAUAGGUGCCUCCUACACAAAAGGUGCCAAUCUUGGGUUCAUCCACGCCUUCAUAGCCUCACUCUCCGUCAUCAUCGUGUCGGAGCUGGGAGACAAAACGUUCUUCAUCGCCGCCAUCAUGGCCAUGAGAUACUCCCGUGUUACGGUGUUCAUUGGAGCUCUGGGGGCACUGGCAGUCAUGACUAUUCUCUCAGCUCUGAUGGGAUUUGCCACCAUGAUCAUCCCCCGUGUGUACACCUACUACAUCUCCACGGGGCUGUUUGUGAUCUUCGGGCUGAAGAUGCUGAAGGAAGGGUACUACAUGCAGGAGGAGGAGGCUCAGGAGGAGUUCGAGGAAGUACAGAGGGAGCUCAAACAAAAGGAUGAAGAGAUUGCUAAACAACUUCUGUUGGAUCGAGGCAUAGAUGUAUCAGGGGGGCAGAUGGAGAUGGAAUCGCGGACACCUGUGACGCAGGAUGUGGAGUCAGGUGUGAUCCGAGGAGGCGGCUGGCGGCGUGUCUGGGGCAUCUUCUCUCCCAUCUUCCUCCAGUCCUUUGUCAUGACAUUCCUGGCAGAGUGGGGCGAUCGCUCACAGAUCACCACCAUCAUACUGGCAGCACGAGAGGAUGUUCUGGGAGUCACCAUUGGUGGAAUCCUGGGCCACGCCCUCUGUACAGGUUUGGCUGUGAUAGGAGGAAGAAUGAUAGCACAACGGAUAUCUGUCAGAACAGUUACCCUUGUAGGGGGAGUGGUGUUCCUCAUAUUUGCCCUGUCAGCGUUCUUCAUUGGGCAGGAGGAGGAAUAAAAUCAAGUACAACCAGAACACCCCUUGCUGGAAAUGUAAUAGUCUACUCUCUGUUGGGAAUAAGGUAUAGGUAUAAGCUGUUUGAUCACAACAUUUAGGUGAAAAGGGGGAGUUAUACACUCUAGUUAGGCAUAUGUAGCCAGUUUAUGGCCCCAAUGUUUCAUUUUCUUACAUUUCAAAGUAAGAAUUUAGAGAACAAGAUGAAGGGAGAGGUCUUGGAAGAAAACCUGACUACACUGUACUAUACUCACUCCAUGAUAGUGUGUGAACCAAGUUACAGAAUUUCCCACCUGACUAUGUUUUCAUGGUGAUGUUCUACUUCAGCAUAAUAUUUUCAUAUUUCCAAGAUCCGAACAAUAGACCGAUCCCAUAGCCGAGCCCAGUCUUUUGUCAAAAUAUAGAAAUGAAAAAAAAAUUAACUAUCUGAUAGACAUGUCACCUCUCUGUGGAACCCCUAAAUGUCAUUGGCUGAAAUGAUAAUUGUGGUGGACAGUCAGGAUCUAUCAGAUUGAUGUUCCUCACAGAUGCAGAAUGGGAUACAUGUAUGUGAUACAUUCGUAUUUUCACUGCUGCUGCUGAAAUUCUUCUCAUUACCAAAAAUCAAAACUAUUAAUUGGGCAAGGCACAAAUUACUAGGCUAAGAGGCAAUGUAUAAUGUACGAGUAUUGAGGGACUCUAAACUUGUAUGGUGAGGUUUGCUGGUGAAUAGUGGGCAACUUGGGUGUAGUAAACCUCCAAUAGUACGUUUUGUAUAUCUGACUGAAUUGUCUGUAAAGACCUAAGGGACAAGAGAGGACACGUAAAAAGAAAUAGGCUUUUAUGUUUGGGCAUUAUUUCAAACUGUAGAGCGGCAUGUUAUUUAUAUGGCAAGGUUGUUGUGGCUAUGCUACUACUAGUGUUGGAUAAAUGAUUUCAGGAGAAUUCAGGUGAAGAUUGUAUCGACUGUACAUAAUGUACAAUCAUGUACUACAUGUAAGUAUGUCCUGCUGAGUUAUGGUAGGGUAGCAGCAAUGUACAUCAGUAAUGUGUAUAUAAUAUACUAGGAUAUGUAAUUAUAUAUAUUGAGCCACACUGACUUGAUUCUAUGCAUCACACCGGUGCACAAGAGUUGGAAAGAAAAGGAAGUACUACAGGCAAAGAUUUGGUAAAUUUCUAUAAAAAGAAACUAGACUGUUGAAUAUACUGAAAGAAGAAUACAUUUUUGUACCUCCAGAAAGAAUAAGGACAAGGGAUUUUUGUGUCUUGUGAACCAUUGUUUGCUCCCAUUUCCACUCAAUCACAUCAGUUUUGGGGUGUCCAAAGGAUGUUAUCAUAAAGUCCAGUCAGUUUGGCCAAAAUUACUGGAAAGUUUCUGCUGAAUGUACAGGUUUGCUGGUAGAAGUGCAAUUCAUACAACUUGCCAAGGAUGAACACAAAACUCUCCACCCCAGAGGUGUUGCCAAAAUGUUAUACAUUUGUAUAUUGUUGAUGAAGAUGAUGUGUAGAUGGUGUAGAAGUACCCAUGCACAGUGCAAAUAAGCUAAUACUUUGAGGGUGUCUUGGGCUUAAAGGAGAAAAUGCUUUUACAUAGCGUUACUUGUUUAAGUCGUCAACACUGUAACAAAUUAAAUUUCCUGCUGUUUUCUUCACGUGAAGUAGAUCAUUUUUAUCUCAUAAGAUGUCAGAUUUUUGUGACGCUGAGGAAGAGUACUGAAUGUCACUCAAAACAUUGAGGAAAAGUUUCCAUAUCCAAUUGUAGAGAUUGAUUUGUCUUUGAAUAUUGUCUACCUGGAUGUGUAACAUAUUGUUGAAGUUCUACUGCAAGGCACAUUAUAUUUGAAUGUAUGUAUGUCAUGAGUGACUUUCAAAAUGAGAGUCUUAAACUUACGUCCUCAGUGAGGAAAUGACAUUAAGAGGCAAUAGAAUGUGCUAGGUCUAUGGUACAUGUAGAUGAAAUUUUAGAUUUAUCAUGUAAACAAGUUGUAUCACCAUCUAGGUUCAUAUGCUAGCUAAUGGGUUAGUAUGUACUUCAGUGUGCUCAGUUUUGUUAUCAGGAUUGUUUUGCUUAAGUUCAUCCUGUAUAUAUAUGUAUGUAUACGUUAACAAAUGAGUAGGUAUUGAAUGUAGCUGCUAUGUCAUUACCAUUUCUUUACCCAAAUCUGGAGUCAAUGCAAUAACAGACUUUCUGUGCAACAUCAUGCCAAAGUUCUCCAUCCACGUUUUGGUGCAUACAUACAUACAUACAUACAUACAUACAUACAUAACAAUCUCUUGGAUGUCAUGUUAGGCAACUUACUUUACUUAGGCAACUGUUAAGUACAAUGUAUCAUCAGCUCUCUAAGUCUCUUCCAUUAUUUUUAAGUUUCUCAUUUAGUCAUUGAAGGAAAGGAAAUGCCUGUUUUGAGAAACAAAUUUGACAAACAUGUAGCAUUAUCCUCCUAUAAUGUUUUUUGCUUUCUUGUUGAGAAUACACAUACAUGUAUCACGGCCUUCAGCUACAAAACCACUUGUACCCUGGGUACCAUCCUAGUUUGUUUUCCGCACAGAGAUGCCAGUGGAGAUGCAAAAAUUAGCACAUAAUACUUAAGGCCACACCAAUUUUAUUUCUUGGUUCUCGGAUUUUUUCAGAAAAAUAUUGGGGCGGUCGGUUGAAAAAAAAUAAAAAAUGAAA